GGCUACUUCACGCCCUGCAACCUGUUAUCCAUUCCAAUGUGGACCAGCUGUGGAACCAGGAGAUCCCACAGAUGUUGAAGAUACUGGAAGAUCACUCUGAGGAGACCCUGAGUCAGAAGGAAUGGGAGGAGAGGCUGCUCCAGUGGCCAUCGAUGAUGACAACUGGCUGCAGCAGCUCACCAGACUCCUCUUGAAGAUGAUAACUUCCUUCAGUGAUGAUGAAGACAGAGACAAGAAGGCUUUCCUGUAUAAAUUCUUUGGCUUCUCCCUGCAAACUUCAAGGAAUGAGGAAGUGAUUAAGAUGAUGCUGUCCUCCAUCCUCCAGACUUCCCAGGAGGAGCUGCAGGAGAGGGAGGGCAUUGCCGUGGCGCUCAGUGUUGUAUCCAGGAAACAUCUGAAGAUAGUCCUGGAAGAAGUUGGACUAUAUAGUGCUGUCCUCACUGACAAGGCCUCAUCGCUCAUCCUGAAAUUUAUGAAGGAACAUCAGCAGAGGAAAUGGGCGAUGGUGUGCAGUACUAUUUAUUUAAGCUACAGGAAAAUUAUUGAGGAGAACAACACAAUCAUCUUCCUGUACUUAGACGACAUCCUGGCCUUGGUCCUCCAACACUACCACAACUGCGUUGUGGAGAAGGAUAAGAACCUGCAGCAGGAUUACCUGGAUGCCCUGACCAUCUUGACAAACAUCCUGAGCAGCCAGCAGCCCUUGGCCUGUGGAUUCAGUUUCUCCCAGAAACCAUCCUUAGUAAAACUCAUGGUGGACCUGAUCAGCGAAGAGCCAUUGGACUCCAUCUCCAGCCCCAUUAGACAGAAGGCGAUGAACAUCAUCGCUGACUUCAGGCUGCUGGGGCCCCUUUUAGAGGCAGAACAAGGAGCAGAGCUGCUCCAACUGUGCUUCAAUAGUGUGUUCUGCCUGCCACCCCCAGACAUGUUGCAGAAGGACGCAUCUAGUCCCGAGGAGGCCCAGGCCAAUUUGGAUCUAUUUAACGGGACCAUGGGAUCCCUCCAGAGGCUCACAGAGGCAGUUGUGGCUGAGAUGCCCACACGGAUGGAGGACUGCUUGGAGCUUUUGGACCCAUGGCUUAAUUCCCAGAAGGACAGUGAGCGGGAACGGGCCAUGCAGUGUGCAGCCCAUGUACUUGAAUUUGUUGCAAUGAUGGAUAACUUCACGAUGCAGAUGGAGAUCACCCAGCUGGGGCACUGGGUAAAGCUGCUGGCCAUGUGCUGCCAGGACCCUGUGGACACCAUCUGCUCUUUGUCAUCCCAGGCUGCCUACAGCCUCAACUGUAUCCUCUCAAGAAAGAAGCAGAUGGAAGAGCAAAAUCUGGCCUUCCAGCAAGAAGAGGACAAGAAUAAAUGGGAUUUAUCUCCUAGAAAUGCCAAUGAUGUUGGAAAGGCAUUUGCACAGUUCUUCACCCAGCCUCAGCUCACCAGCCUGGUUCUCACAGCUGUGGAGGAACUGAGCAGCAGCAGGACCCAGUUAUCUCUGGCUUCAGCCCAGUUGAUGAGCGCUGUCAUCCAAGAGCGAGGCAAAGAUCUGGGGAAGGUUGAAGAGAUUGUGGAGGGCAUCCUGGAACAGCUCAAAUCCAAGUUGGAGCCCAGCACAAAGGAGGAGACUCUUCGGGCCAUGUGCUUGCUGGCAGGCAACCACAUCCACAUCAUGGUGCCUCUGCUGCUCAACAAGCCCCUCCCUUGGGAUAGAACCAUUCUAGCCCUGUGGAAGGUUUUUGGGACUUGGCGAGAGACCACAUUCAGCAUCCUGCAGCUCCUCACAGGCAUUUUGGAACAGCGCCACCAAGGACAAGAGAAAGAGGCGGCCUGUGCCUUGUAUGAGAUGCUGUCUGAGUCCCCGUGCCAGGACUCCAUUCACGAACUCUUCCCACGGCUCUUGCUGGCUGUGCUGUGUCAUCUCCACUGGGUGGUUGACAGAUAUCCUUCCCUGGAGGUUGUCUACACAGAGAACCAGAGCCCAGAGAAGGAGAGAAAGGUCUUCAACCCAGUUGGUUCUGCCUUGGAGUUGUUGAAGCUUCUGCUGACAGCUGCAUUUGGUGGAGUGAUGACCAGCACAGAAGAUCAGAAAUGCUGGGAACUUCUAUGCAACCCUGUAUCAUACUACUUAGGGGCCAUAGAAUUAACAAGUGGCAUUGUGAAGAACUGUGAGCCAGCCAUUCUGCAGCAGAUUCUGAACCAUGUCAAGAACCUCCUCUGCAGCCUGGAUAAUCAUCAGAAGAUCCUGGCCAGGAGCAUCUAUGCAGAGCUCCUCUGUCAUGAAUCAGUGACUGAGACUCUGGGGCAGGACGUUGUAGACAAUCUGUCCAGUUGGAUCAUGGAGCCCGACCUCGUCAUCAAGGAAAUUGGUCUUCGUGGGAUCAGUAAUUUAGCACUGCACCCAGGAAAAUCAGAAACUUUGAAGAGCCUGGUUCCCUUCUUGGAAGAACUCCUGAGGAAUGAAGAGUGGCGAGUGAGGGUACAGGCGGUGAAGGCCCUACAGAACAUCCCCCACCAUGGGAAGAGAAAGGACAUCAAGCUGGUCUUGGGUAGCAUCACCAAGCAACUGCCUGCACUCGUCAGUGAUGAGAAGGACGAGGUGAGGAUCUCAGCCACCUCUGCGCUGGGCCACAUCCUAACUCAAGUCAGACAAUUGAAGCCUGGAUCUGCCCUCAGAAAACAGAUGAACAGCUUGUUAGUCCCGCUGUUGCUCAGCUUGCAGGACAACAACACUGAUGCAGUCAAGGCCUGUAGAAGGGCCCUGACUGAAUGGACCAAAGUGAUGGGGUGGCGGCGACUGACAAGCAUAGUCGAGGAUACCAACUUCAGGGACCACUUCCACAUGUUGGAAGAAACCUGCAAAUACCUGGUGAGCACACGCAAAACUCAGUUCUUGGGGGACUUACUUCUCCAGAGCUUUGAGUUUUUGAAGAGCUGUCAGCCCUUCCUACGGGCAGCUGCUGUCACCCUCAUAGCAUCAGUCGUUUUGAAGAUUAACCUGAACUACAUACAUGAAGAAGAUGUGCAGCUCAUACAAAACUCUAUUGAAAGUCUGAGGAAUGACCCUCAGGAUGACAUACAGGACGGUGUCAGCGCUAUUGCGGCACACAUCAACAAUUCAAAUCACCAAGCUACAAGAAAGAAGAACCUCUUUAAAAAAAAAAAAAAAAGGUGGCUCCCAGGCCUCCUAAGGUCCAUAUGCCAAGGGAGGGUAAAAUACUGCAGUUAGGAGCCAUAGAACUCCCCCUCCUGGACAUGCGGGUGGCACACCAAUCAGUGCCCUGAUCACGCGCCCGCCAUGCACCCCCCGCCCAAUCGCAGGCUAGAGCACGCUUUGAAGCCACCUAUCCACUGCACUUCCUCCACUGCCCUCCUAAUAAAAUUUGCAGGUUGAUCAGAAUCUUUUGUCUUGCUGCCAUUCUUCGCGCCUCUUGUCCCCCCAACUCAUUUGUUCUAGGUAGGUGGUCGAGCCCCAGUUGAUUGCUCCGCGGGCCGGAGCAAGUGGCGCCCAACGUGGGGGCCUGAUAGCCGCCGGAACAAAGCGCUGUCCCCGCCAGUGACUUCCCCCGCACAGAUUGGAUCGCGGCGACUACUCGACCGCGAGACAGAUCCAGGAGCCCCUCCCCUCGACGGCGAACUCGGCCAGGUAAGGCCCCCAAUCAUGGGACAAGCAUGUUCACAAAGUGAUAUUUUUAUAAGUCAAUUAAAGCAAACUCUCAAGGUGCGAGGAACUCGAGUUAAGAAAAAGGAUUUAGUUUUAUUUUUUGACUUUAUAUUCAAAAUGUGCCCCUGGUUCCCCCAAGAGGGGACGAUUGACCCGCAGUGUUGGAACUGGGUCGGAGAUUACCUUAAUGACUAUUAUCGAGUCUCUGGCCCCCAGACUGUCCCUAUUACCAUCUUCAGUUAUUUUAAUCUUAUUAAAGAAAUCUUAGUCACUCAUGGGCAUUCUCUGGAUGUCCAGAGCCUCUGUAAAGAGGGAAAAGAAGUUCUAAAAAAUCAAUUCCGGUUCCCCUCGAGGGCCCCUUCAGCCCAAAAUCUCUGUAAAGAGGGACAAGAAAUUUCAAAAAAUCAAUCUCAGCCCCCUUCGAGGGCCCCCUCAAUUUGCCCCUCAAUUUCUAUUAACAUAGAGGAAGAGAUUAAAAAAAAAAACCCCUAACCCUUCCCGUAAUUCCUCAAAUAACCAUGUCGACAAAUUAAACCCAGCAGAAGAGGCCGAACUCGAAAAAGAGGCAGCUUCUUACAAUAACCUUGACUGGCCUCCUCUUUCUCCUGCCCCCUUACUUAAAGAUCUCCCAGCUUUUCGGCCGCCCCCCUAUGCACCCUCAAACCUACCGCCCGUGGCCACCCGUAUUCUGGCCCCCAUUCUAAACAACCCCGAGCCACCAACAAUCCACCAAAAACCCCUUCUCCAAAAAAUCUCCAUUCAAGAAGCCUUAAUUCUCAUUCGAGAAAUCAAGGCCGUGGCUAAAAAAUUCACUGAUUUAACCAUAUCCACCCCCCACUGAAUUACUAGCUUUCCCCAAACUGCGGGGAGUAGACCUAGAUACCCAGACUGCUGACAUUUUAAUAGCCACACAUCAAGCUCUUAACAUAUCUAACCCUCACCUAGCCAAGGAUUGCUGGUUAUGUAUGAGCCUAGGCACCCCCAUGCCUUUAGCUAUUCCUGUCAAUAUAUCCACCCUUAAUAAAUCACAGCUACAAUGUAACCCUAGUUUACCUUUUAGAGUCCAACCUACAAUAUUUCCACCCUCCCCGUGCUUACAAGGCAUAGCUCAAAAUAAUAGCUUUGACAUUCCCGUCGGCUUUAUAGAAUUUACUAGUUGUAGCAGCAUAACCAAUUAUAGUAACCCCCUUUGCCCAGGUCAUGGACAAAUAUUCGUUUGUGGAAAUAACCUGGCCUUUUCAGCCUUGCCCGCUAACUGGACCAGGCUAUGUGUC